AAAUAUUUUACAACUAGCAACCAAUAGCGUUGGAGCUUGAAGCACUUUAGACAUUAUUUUGGUUUGUCAUUAAAUUUCAAUUCAUCAUAAAUACAUUUUCUGCAAUUUAAUAUUUGGUUAUAUAUGUAUAUUUGAUCAAUAAUUAUUCUUUUAUACAUCAUUCUACAUUUUCCGCAUUUUAAUAUUUUGACAUAUAUAUUAGAUCAAUACUAAUUCUUUUACAGUAUAUUGUUCUAAUCAUCUAAUACAUAAAGUUGAACUUGUAUCAAAAUAUUGAUUAAUAUUUCAAAUUUUGGCUUGCAAAUAUUCAAGACACAAUCUCUCAUCAACCGGUUGAGAUUUCAAUAUGGAGCGUAACCAUGGGCGACUUUAUCGGUAUUUGGUUAAUAAUCCAUUUGGAGAUGAAGACUUAUUAGUGUGGAUCAUUAACAUAAUGGAAUUUGGAAUUGAAUAUAAAAAUCAAGCAUUAUCUGCUCUAGUUAAUCCACAUCAAGAUGAAGCCUUAUUAAAGGAAUUAAAUAGAAGAGAGAUGGAUCCUAAACUUGAAAUUGAACCCUCAGAAAUUAAGGGCAAUAUAAUUGAAGAUGACAUCGAGACUCCUAUGGAAAACAGUGAGUUACAUAUUGCAGCUUGGAACGGUAAUGAUGAAAUUGUUACUCGUUUAAUUGAAGAUGACCUCGACUGUGUGCCAAGAGCUAACAAAAACAGGGACAAUGCCGUACAUGUUGCUGCAAGAGCUGGAAACUUUUCAAUUGUUGAAAAGUUAUUAAAAAGUUAUAGUAAUUACAUAAUGCAAUUGUAUGAAAAAUACUUGGUUAACAAAUAUGAAAAAGAAAGCAUGGGUGAGCUAUUCGAAUUAUUGAAAAUGCAGAAUAAGCAUGGUAACACUGUGUUACACGAAGCAAUGUUAUGUGAAAAGAGCAGUGAUAAGAUUUUCAAAAUUUGUGAGGAUUUGAUAUGGAGGAAAUAUUGUUAUGAGUAUGCAAUAAAUAUUGUUAAUCAUGCAGAGAAAACAGUACUUUACCUUGCAGUUGAAAAUGGAAACAAGGAUGCUGUCAACCUAAUAUUGGACAAGUGUUGCAAGGAUGAUCAUUUGAUAAAAGGAUUAUCACCAUUAGUAGCGGCAAUCAGGAUGCAUAAUCCAGAAAUGUUGAGGAUCAUACUAAAACACAAGCCAACUUGGAUCCAUUCAAUGGACAAACAUCAAAGGCUUCCUCUUCAUUAUGCUGCAUUCAUAGGUUCCCUUGAAUGUGUUGAUUUAUUACUUGUAUUAUGUAAAUGUUGCACCAUUCAAAGGGACAAAUAUGGUUAUUUCCCGAUCCAUCUAGCAUCCUAUGGAGGACAUGUGGAAGUAAUGAAGAAUUUGUUACAAUAUUAUCCAGAUCCAACAGAGAUGCUUGACAGUUGUUAUGAGCGUAAUAUUCUUCACAUUGCAGCAAAGCAUGGAAAACACGAGGUGAUAUGCUACAUAUUACAAAGUGAAAUUCCUGAACAUCAUAAACUGAUAAAUCAAAAGGAUAAUAAAGGAGAAACUCCUUUGCAUUUGGCUGCAAGAUCAUGUCAUCCCAGUACUGUGUACUACUUAGUUAAUGAUAAAAACAAAAGAGUGAAUCUUGAUUUGGUUAACAAAAACAAUGAAACAGCUCUUGACAUUGUUAAUGCACUUUACGAGGUUGGAAAAUCAUCUUUGAGACAGCAUCUUACAUGGACUGCACUGAAAUCUGCUGGUGCAAAGCAAAGCAAAGACAAAAACCUAAACCAUGCUGAAGAAUCCCAACAAAGUGAGAAAGAGAGUAAAGAAAAAGAAAAAGCUUCUGAAAGAUAUAAGGACAGACUGGAAAACCUCACAAUUGUUUCAACCCUUAUAGUCACAGCAUCAGUUGCAUCAUGUUUAGCUGUUCCAGGUGAAGCAGAUGGAGCAGCGCAUAACUUAAAACAUGCAAUGUUUCAAUUUUUCAUCAUCUUCAUCACAAUAUCAUUGUUUAGUUCCAUUAGUGCUACAAUCAUACUCUUUUGGGCAACACUUGGAUUAACUGAAUUGGUGACUUUUACUCUCAAGAUUGUGAUGCCACUUUUUGGAAUCGCUCUCAUUUCGUUAUCUUUGGCUUUCAUGGCUGGUCUCUACACUGUUAUCAGUAAUCUUAGUUGGUUGGCGAAUGUGUUUUUGGUUAUGACGGUGAUAUUUAUUAUGGUUGUGGUUUUCUUAUAUAUACUCCUUUUCCUUCCAUCAUCAUCAACUAUAAAGCCCUUGAGAUACAUUUCUCACUACCCUUUUCUUUUUCUGGCAUCACGUACUGAGAGUAAAACUCGGCAACGUAAUAUUCCUUCAGAAUAAUAUGGGUUAAUAUUAAUGUGAUUUAUGGCUAAGUGAGGGUUAAUCGUGUCAGGUUCUAAAAUUAUCCCCACUUAAUGAUAUGCAUGUAUUCUUUU